UGAUCAUUUUUGGUGCAACAAUAACGCCAUGAGCUGGUGGACGAAAAUCAAAAACACGGGUUCUGCAUUCACAGGUCCCCGAUCUUUUAGUCAGGCCAUUAUGACAAAUCUACCACCCUCAGAAAUGAUAGAUUCAUUUUCUAUAGCUGGUCCUGGUUUUGUGAAUGUCAAACUAUCAAGGCAUUGGAUAGCAAAGAGCAUCCAAAAGAUGUUGAUAAAGGGUACUGAAACAUGGUUGCCAAAGCUUCAAGUUAGAAGGGCAGUAGUUCAUUUUUCCUCACCCAACAUUGCCAAAGAGAUGCAUGUCGGGCACUUAAGAUCUACAAUUAUUGGUGACACGCUAGCCCGUAUGCUAGAGUUUUCAAAUGUUAAGGUUCUAAGGCGAAAUCAUGUUGGUGACUGGGGUACACAGCUAUGGAGCUUGCACUGUCUCUGGAGAAGCUGACAAAUGAAAAACUUCUGAACUUGCACGUAGUAAGACAUAUUUCUUGUCUGUCUUGUUUACUUAGUAGCUUUAGUCAUUGUUAUAGCCAUAUAUAGUUUUCGGUAUUCCUAAGGAGUUCCAUAUGAAUUAUGGAGAAAUUGUCCUCAGAAGUUUGAUUUUGUGAACUCAGGAUUGAAAAGUUCAUCUGGUAAUCCAGUGUGUAAAGAAGCUGCUUACUAUCUUUACUUUAGUUUCAAGGUGAGGCAAUUGGUCAUUUUACAAGCUUAUCUGUGUAAAAACAGGUUGCGAGCAGAAACAAUGAUGUGCAAUUGGCUGAUUUUGUUGAAAGUGAAUUCUUGGAGGAACAGGUGAACUGCAAUUCCAUAUUUCCCUUUUACCUGAAAUUUCAUUAUUUGCAGCCAUAAAAUACACUUAUGGACCUAUUAGCAUAAAUUUUGACUUUUAUCUUUUUCCU